AUGGUGUUCGACAGCGACCCCGGCGUUGAAGAUAUCGUCGAACCGCGCGCGUCUUUGUUCGUUGGGAGCGUAGAGUACGUGGUUGACCUCCGGCAGGAAGCGAGUGAUUGUAUAGCGGAGACAGUGCGGCCAGAGAGUGCUCAAAAGCAGGAGAAAGUUAGGACUAAGGAUACUGAUAGUUCGAGAAAGGAGGGUAAUGUUGAGGUCUUACCUCAAGGGGAUAAGGGUGAGGAAUCCAGUUCUUUUCAUGGAAAAGAACAACCUAGUGUUACAGAGGGAUUAGGGUCUGAGAAAGGAACCUGUAGCCAAAGUCCUAAAGUUCUCACCCCUACAGAUGAUAAUCUGCAAGGAAAGCAGGAGUGCGAGCCAAAUUUAAGGGACUUAAUAGCAAACGUUCGUGAGUUAGCUGAUUCAGUGGUCCAUUGUAGAUUCAUGUUCGAUCCCGGUAUCUCUUAG